AUGGAAGCCAAAGUUAAUGGAAAGAUGAACAAGUUGUUUAAACGUAAAGAGAAAUCAGUUACGAAAGAAAAAAGUAAAAAAGAUAAAGAGGAAAAUGAAAUUAGUAUCAUUACUAAAAAAGUGGUAAAAUUUUGUAAGCCAAGUAAAAACAAGCGAAAAAAUGAAAAGAAUGAGGAAGAAGAAAUUAUGACUCCGGAAGUUAGUCCACCUAAAGUUGAAACAAAAGAGAAACCAUCACAAGUACAAGAAAUGCAUCAUAUUAUUAACAAAUUAAAGGAUUUUUUAGAUCAAGAUAGACAAAAUUUACUUGGUCCUGCUAAUAAUCUAAAAUAUAUUCAUAAUCAACUAUCUCAACUUGAAAAAUCUAGAGAUAAUAACAUGCGACAAGCAUACAUUAACCAAUCAUUCGAGAUAAAUACCUUACAAGAUUAUUAUAAACCAUUAGAAGAAUUUUCCAAAGAUUUUGAUUCAUAUCUUUGGGAAUCAACAAGAAAGAUAAUUACUUUUGAUUGGCAAGCAAAAACAGCAAUUGUUCAAUUAGUAGAAAUUAUUGAAGAAAAGGAUGCAGUUGCUUAUGAAUCAGAUUUAACAUCAAAUACAUUAAAUGAACGCAAAAUCAAAUCUUAUAAAGAAAAAUUUUCGGAAACAUUAAAGGAUUCCAUAAUAGCAAAGUUUGGAAAUAUUUUAAAUAAAGAAAGAAGUCAUCUAGCAAUAAUCGACAAAUUAGAAUUUGUUUAUGAGGAUUUAAAAUCAAUAAAUAAUCAAAUUGCACCACAAUUUCCUAAUAUAAGUCGUGAACUUGUAUUGACAUAUCAUAAAAAUGUAUAUUCUUUGUUAGAUGAUAUUUUACAAAGUAAGCCAGAUGUAGAAAUUAUAUUCAGAUUAAUUCGAUGGGUGCGUCAAUAUCACAUUAUAGUUCUUAUAGAUUUACAAGAUUUACAAAUGUCAAAAGAUUUGUUAAAACCACAACUUUUAGAUGGGCGAGAACAAGAAUUAGUAGAUGAAUAUAUAAAUAUUAUGUGUAGUAAAAUUCAAGAAUGGAAGCCCAAUUUGAUAAAGAAUAAUAUUGAGGAAUUUAUUAAACGAGCACAAAAUCCAGAUAUUAUUGAUGAAAAUCAAUUAUUUAGACUUACUGAAACAUCUAUAACAAUUAAUAUGAUUAAUCAAACAGUUGAAAUUGCAAUUAAUUCUGCACACAAUAAAAUAUUAGUAGAAACAAUUAAAGAAUGUUGUCAAGUGAUGAUAGACUUACAACAAGAUAUGAAUAGAACUUUAGAAUCAGAAUCAUUAAAAUUUAUUGAAAAAAUUCCCCCUGAUAAUUUUAUAGAAUACGCUUUCGCCUUGGCCAAUGAUCAACUUCGUUACGCAGAUUUUAUUGAAGAAAUUAUAAAAAGAACACAAACAACAUCAAAAGAAUGUAUUUAUGAGAUAAAAGAGAAAACUUCGCUUAUAUUAGAUGGAUGUUUUCGAUUAGCUAAUAUUGCUAUUGAUACUAUAAUGAAAAUUAUAUAUAAUGAAAUAAAUGAAUUUCUUGAAUUGCAUACAUCAUCAUGGUAUAAAGAACCUGGGAAAUUUAUGAAAGAUAUCAUUGCUAAACUUAGAAGUGACACUGAACACUAUAGACCACAUUUAAAAUUAUAUUUGUUUGAUAAAUUUAUACGAACAAUGACACAAUUUUUUGUAAUAGCAUAUAUUGAAUCAAUGAUAAAGAAUAAUACUAAAUAUAAAAUGCCACAAUGUCUUGAACUUAUGAAACAAGACAUUCAAGAAGCACAUGAAUAUUUUGGAAUAUACCUUAAAGCAACAGAAAUAGAACAACAAUUUGAUCCAAUUUUAAAACUACAAGAAUUUUUAACUACAAAUGGAAAAUGGAUAGAUAAAGAUUAUAAUUCCAUAAAAAAUGCGUAUGGAGAUAUUCCACGAAAAUUACUUAAAAAAUUUUUAUCAAAACGAAAUGAUCUUAACAAAUUUCAAUUAAAGAUGCUUGGAAAGACUAUAAAAACUAAAGAAUUAGAGAUGGGAGAAUAUACAGGAGAACCAACAAUAUUUAGUAAGGUCACAAUUAAACAAGAAGAUGAAGAUAUCAACGCAUUACAACAAUUUAAAGAAGUGAAAGAUGGAAUAAAAAAUAAAUUUCGUCAAGAUUCACACCAACAGUGUAAAAAUCAUAUUCAACAAUUAUAUUGA